ACUAUUAACGCCUCAUACCAAGGGUUAGGGUUUUGCUAGGGUGUUUGAACUUUGAAGCGGCGAAGAAAGCAGUACCAGCAUCUGUUGUCAAUUUUCUCGAUCAUCAAUGGCGAAAAAACGAGAGAGACAUCAAAAUCCAGAACCUUUCUUAUCGGAUGACACCAACAAAUCUGUCUCCAAGAAGCGCACCAAACCCGCUAAACAGCAUCAGAGCGAAGAAAAGCUUAUAUCGGCGGGCAUGAGCUCCAAAAUUUUGAAGGAGGCUUUGCUUCAGCAAAAGGAGAUUCAGGACGAGGCAGAUGCCGAAAACCCUGAUAACAUUGUUUUCCCGGAAGAACCUGUUACUCAGACUCAAGUAGACGAAGACGAUGAUGUUGACAACUUUGCUGGAUUCUCUGAUAAUCACAGUCAAUUUGGCGGUUAUGAGGAAGAAAUUAACGAGGAUGAAGAGAAGUUACUCGAAGCCUUCUUCUCCAAAGAUGCUGGUCCUCAGCAAACAUUGGCUGAUGUCAUAUUGAGAAAGAUCAAACAAAAAGAUCAAAUGCCUCCAGGUUUAUCUGCAGUACUUCAACCAUCGCCUAAAUUGGAUGAUUCCAUCAUAGAAAUAUACAAGAGUGUUGGAGAGAUUUUCAAGAAAUAUACCUCAGGAAAACUCCCAUUGGCCUUCAAAAGCAUACCAGCAAAACAAAACUGGGAGGAACUUUUAUACUUGACAGAACCAGAAAAAUGGUCACCAAAUGCAGUUUAUCAAGCCACCAGAAUACUUGCUUCCAAUAUGAGUUCAAAUAAAGUGACAAAGUUUUACAAAUUUGUUUUACUUCCACGUAUCAGACAAGAUAUACGCAAGAACAAGAAACUUCAUUUUGCAUUAUAUCAAGCUUUGAAAAAGUCUGUAUACAAACCAUCUGCCUUCCAUAAAGGAAUCUUGUUCCCACUAUGUGCUUCCAGGACUUGUAAUUUGAGAGAAGCUGUUAUUAUUGGAAGUAUUCUUCAAAAGGUCUCAAUUCCACCACUUCAUUCCAGUGCUGCUCUAAUGAAACUUGCAGAAAUGGAAUAUGGUGGCACAACAAGUUAUUUUAUAAAGAUAUUAGUUGAGAAGAAAUAUGCUUUGCCAUAUAGAGUUAUUGAUGCAAUGGUUGCACAUUUUAUGAGAUUUUGUGAAGAUUCCAGGGACAUGCCUGUAAUUUGGCAUCAGUCACUUCUUGCAUUUAUGCAAAGGUAUAAACAUGAACUCACAAAGGAGCAAAAGGAUGACAUUAAUUAUCUUGUCAAGAAGCAGAGACAUAAACUGGUGACACCUGAAAUUCUAAGAGAGCUGAAUAAUAGCCGAAUCCGUGGGGAGAAGGAGGAUGAUCUUAUGUCUCUAUCUUCCCCUGUUUCUGUGAUGAAUAAAACCAUAGAGGAAGACCGAUUUGAUAUUCCAGAUGUGCCCAUGGAAGAGGAUUAAUUUUCAGAAGCUCACUUGCCCUUUUUGGAAUUGUGUGUGCUUAUGUUGCAAGAAUAUGCGGAUUAUUUUAUGAAGUGUGAGGAAAUAUAAUUAGCAGUUUUGUAGAAAAUACUUUGUAGUGUCAUUAGUAUGUAUUGUUUUAACUGUUCUGAAAUUAUUUAUAUGUUUGCAAAACUAUUCUUUUACAUAGGCGUAGGCAUGUUUGAGGUUAAAUGUAAAAUUUGACCACUCUGCAAGGUUGAAAUGCUAAUUUUGAAAGUUGAGGGUA